CCGGAUCGCAGCGAACAGCUACCUGUGGCUCUGGACGCAUGAUCCCUCCCGGGACCCAGCACUUCUCCCUCCCAGCCUCGCGUCCAGCCCACUUGCACCCCAAACCCGGACCCGUGAUAAUCCCCGGACAGAGCGCUGGACCCGGAGCAGGUGACAUGUAGGGUCACCUCCUGGUCCAGCCUAGGAACCUCGGCAGACUCCUUGCCUGGAAAGUUUGCAACUGUGCGCCAUGGCCAAGAGCGGCUCUCUGAGUAUCCGCGUGGUGGAGGGACGGGCGCUGCCAGCCAAGGAUGUGUCUGGGAGCAGUGACCCCUACUGCCUGGUGAAAGUGGAUGACGAGGUGGUAGCCAGGACAGCGACCAUCUGGAGGAGCCUGAGCCCCUUUUGGGGGGAGGAGUACACAGUGCACCUGCCGCUGGACUUCCACCAACUGGCCGUCUACGUGCUGGACGAGGACACUGUUGGACACGAUGACAUCAUUGGGAAGAUCUCCCUGAGCAAGGAGGCAAUCACAGCCGACCCUCGAGGAAUCGACAGCUGGAUCAACCUGAGCCGAGUGGACCCAGACGCUGAGGUGCAGGGUGAAGUCUGCUUGGCGGUGCAGCUGCUGGAGGAUGCUCGGGGCCGGUGCCUGCGCUGCCACGUGAGACAGGCCAGGGAUCUGGCCCCCCGGGACAUCUCUGGCACAUCGGACCCUUUCGCACGCGUGUUCUGGGGCAGCCACAGUUUGGAGACGUCGACCAUCAAGAAGACCCGCUUCCCACACUGGGAUGAGGUGCUGGAGCUUCGGGAGGCCCCAGGAACCAUUUCCCCAUUGCGAGUGGAGCUCUGGGAUUGGGACAUGGUGGGCAAGAAUGACUUCCUGGGCAUGGUGGAAUUCACACCACAGACCCUCCAGCAGAGGCCACCCAACGGCUGGUUCCGCCUCCUGCCCUUUCCUAGAGCUGAGGAUUCUGGGGGGAGUCUGGGGGCCCUGAGGCUGAAGGUGCGUCUCACUGAGGACCGUGUCCUGCCUUCCCAAUACUAUCAGCCUCUCAUGGAACUGCUUCUGGAGUCGGUGCAAGGGCCAGCCGAGGAGGACACCUCCAGCCCCCUGGCUGUGCUAGAGUUGCUGGCCUCUGGGGACUGUCGUCAGGACCUUGCCACCAAGCUGGUGAAGCUGUUCCUAGGCCGGGGCCUGGCCGGGCCCUUUCUAGACUACCUCACAAGGCGUGAGGUGGCCCGAACCAAUGACCCCAACACCUUAUUCCGUUCUAACUCCUUGGCAUCCAAGUCUGUGGAACAGUUCAUGAAGCUCGUGGGCAUGCGCUACCUGCACGAGGUCCUGAGGCCAGUGAUCAGCCGCGUCUUCGAGGAGAAGAAAUAUAUGGAAUUGGACCCUUCCAAAAUGGACCUGAAUCGCUCCCGGAGGAUCUCCUUCAAGGGCACACCCACGGAGGAGCAGGUGCGGGAGACCAGCCUGGGGCUGCUGACCGGAUACCUGGGGUCCAUCGUGGAUGCCAUUGUGAGCUCUGCAGGGCGCUGUCCUCUUGCCCUGCGCCUGGCAUUUAAGCAGCUCCAGCGGUGUGUGGAGAGGCGCUUCCCCGGGGUGGAGCAUCAGGACGUGAAGUACCUGGCCACCAGUGGCUUCCUCUUUCUGAGGUUCUUCGCGCCCGCCAUCCUCACACCGAAGCUGUUCGACCUCAGAGAUCAUCAUGCAGACCCCCAGACCAGCCGCUCCCUGCUGCUGCUCGCCAAGGCUGUGCAGAGCAUUGGAAACCUGGGCCAGCAGCUGGGCCAGGGCAAGGAGCAGUGGCUGGCCCCCCUCCACCCCUUCCUGCUUCAGAGCAUCUCACGUGUGAGGGACUUCCUGGACCAGCUGGUCGAUGUGGACGGGGAUGAGGAGGCUGGGGGUCCAGCCUGCGCCCUGGUCCAUCCCUCGACGAUAGUUCGAGAAGGCUUCCUGCUAAAGCGCAAGGAGGAGCCCGCAGGCCUGGCCACACGCUUUGCCUUCAAGAAGCGCUACUUCCGGCUGAGUGGGCAGGAACUCUCCUACUCCAAGACUCCGGAGUGGCAGGUCCGCUCCUCCAUCCCGCUGUCCUGCGUCCGUGCCGUGGAGCGUGUGGACGAGGGUGCCUUCCAACUACCACACGUCAUGCAGGUGGUGACACAGGGUGGCACCGGGGCGCCACACACCACCUACCUCCAAUGCAAGAAUGUGAAUGACCUCAACCAGUGGCUGUCGGCCCUGCGCAAAGCCAGCGCCCCGAACCAGGACAAGCUGGCUGCUUGCCACCCUGGUGCCUUCCGCAGCGGGCGCUGGACCUGCUGCCUCCAGGCGGAGCGCUCAGCUGCUGGCUGCAGCCGCACCCACUCAGCGGUCACCCUGGGAGACUGGAGUGAUCCACUGGAUCCUGACGCCGAGGCCCAGGCGGUAUAUCGCCAGCUGCUCCUGGGGCGGGACCAGCUCAGGCUGAAAUUGCUGGAGGACUGUGGCCUGGACACAGCUCCAGAGGUGGACCCUGGGAAGGACUCCGGUGCCGGGGACGGAGCCUGUGCUGAGGUUCUGGCCCAGCAGAGGGCAGCCAUCACCCAUCUGCUGCAGGUUCUUGAAGACUUGGAGCAAGCCCACGAGGAGUUUCAGAAACGCGGGCAGGGCCAAGUGGCGCUCUAGAAUGCUGCAUGCUGAGGAGGCGCCAGAGCCAGUUGUGGACAGGAGCCAUGGGGUCUCCCUCAGCACACUCUGGCUCAGGCAUCUCCCCAAGGUUGCCUUCUUCACUGCUCGGAGCCUCUCGGACGACCCCUGGUCCUGCCUGUCCUGUGGCCAGCCAGGGCAUAGAAGCCUUUGGUAGGGUCCAGCCUUGUACUGACCAAACCUCACUUUCUUUUCUGGGCCUGGAGUCUCUGCUUCACUGGACACAUCUCUUCCAAUACAUAUGGCAUACAGCUCACCCCGAGCUGCUGGAUACAGCUGUACCUGAAGGCCAACCCUGGCUGACUCAGAAAAGGCUCGGCUGGCCAGGAGUGUUCAGUUUUCACUUGUGUGAGUUCCUGUGACCUCACAGAUCCUUCUGUGCCCCACUCUUAUCUGGCAUCCCCAACUCAGGUUCCUGUCCUCAGAAGAACAGGCCGGGAGCCCAGCAUGCCAAUUCAGACCUUGAGGUUGGAUAGAGGCUCCUUCUCCCUCUUUGAGCCUCAGUUUACCCUGUAUAAAGUGACAAGUGAGUGUGCUUCACUGUGAAGUGUUAAAAUUGGGGUAUUCUGGGGGCCAUCUGAGAAG